UUGUGAGCAUCGAGAGCGAUCGCUACAGUGAGCUGUUACUAGCCCGCCGAUGCAGUUCCUUGACCCCCAGCAUUGUUUGACUGCGUAGCGGCCGUAUUUGUCCGUUGUCCAGUGCUCAGCGGUGCGUGGCGCUGUCCAUCGUCGGGGCUCGGAGGCUGUGCCUGAAAAGCUCGGCGUCGUGAUGUUCGCUACCGCGGUUUACGGCGGUACGCUCAUCGCUAGCGUGGCGAGGAGGUUGACACCACGCGACGCUCUUUCUCCGCUGCUGGGCUGUUGGCGUCUGGUGCGAGGAUAGAAAUGUUGAUGGCAGGUUGUUUGGCUGCUGGAGACAGCGUCAAGUGUCCAAGGCUGUGGAACUAGCACCUGUGUUGGAACCUCGGUUGGUAGAAGCCAUCCCCUUCGAGCCACAAUGUUCAAAUUGGGAAGCAAGAAGGACGUCAGUACCGAGUACAAGUGCACCAUACGCCUGCUGGACGACAGCGAAGUGUUGCAGUGUGAUUUUCAGCAUCUCUGCAAAGGCCAAUACAUACUUGACUAUGUGUGCAACGCCCUGAACCUUUUGGAAAAGGACUACUUUGGCCUCAGAUAUGUCGAUAGUCACAAGCAGCGGCACUGGCUGGACCUCACAAAGCCGGUCAUCAAGCAGGUGAAGGGUAUGAAUCCCAUCGUCUUCUGCUUCCGCGUCAAGUUCUAUCCUCAAGACCCCUUCCGACUCAAGGAAGAAAUAACGAGGUACCAGAUUUUUCUUCAGCUGAGAAGAGAUCUGCUUCAUGGACGCCUAUAUUGCCCUCCAAAUGACUCUGCUUUGCUUGCCGCGUUGAUCAUUCAAUCUGAACUUGGAGAUUAUGACAGUGAGGAGCACGGAGAUAACUAUGUCUCGGAGUUCAAACUUCUCUUGAAACAGACUCCUCGUCUGGAGGAGAAGAUUGCCGAGAUUCACCAGCAGCAGCUCAGGGGCCAAGUACCAGCUGUGGCAGAGGCCAACUUCUUACGCAAGGCCUGUCUCCUCGAUACGUACGGUGUGGACCCUCAUCCUGUGAAGGACCACAAAGGAAAUCAGCUGUACUUAGGCAUCAAUUAUGCGGGCAUCCUUACUUUCCAAGGUAGUCGCAAGACCCAUCACUUCAAGUGGCCCGACAUUCAGAAGAUCAACUACGAGGGGAAGAUGUUCAUCAUUCACCUGAUGUUCCCCGAGGAUGUCAAAGCAAAGAAGAAGCAUCUGAUGGGCUUCAAGUGUCCAACCCAGUCUGCCUGCCAUCACUUGUGGAAAUGUGCCGUCGAACAGUGCUAUUUUUUCACCAUACCUUCUUCCAGCGAGGUGCCAUCUGUGACUACUGGUGGUGGAUUCUUCUCCCGCGGUUCCCGGCUUCGAUACAGUGGCCGAGUGGAAAAAGAAGUAAUGGAUGACAUGAAGAACAUUCGGAGAGACCCGCCCCAGUUCCAGAGAACACUGACACGGCCACCGUCCUUUCGGCAGAAAACUACCGCAUCGACAAUGGAAAUGCCAAGUUCACCGUCCCGACUGCUCAAUGAUGGUUCGCCAUUGCGGAGCUCUGUUGGGCAGGUGACCAGCCAGCAGCCGAGCCAGCAGCCCCUGGUUCCUCAAGACUCGGGCGACGGCUUCGCCUUUGACGAGCAGCCAAAGAGGCUCGGAACACCCCUCGAGCUUCUCGACUCCGGCGAGUCCGGCGAGGAGAACGGUUCCUUGGCACAGCGACCUCCAAACCACGACCUCCAUGUCGACUUAACGCCCUCCCGAAACACACCCGUGGCCGAUGACGACGGCGGCAACCCACCCGACACACCUCUCUCUGAGCUGGCGUUCGACCCUCACCCGACGCCCGAAUACGACACUGGUCAUGAAAGCCAAGAGCCAGCGUUUGUGACUCCCCAGCAGUCACGACGAAUUGCACUUGUGGCAUGGCUCCUUUUGCCUCUGCUGCUCAUUCUUUUGCUGCUUGUGAUUCUGAUGGAAUGGGAUUGGGCUCCACUUGCCGACAUGCAGAGGCUGCCAGAGGUAAUCUUGCUCCGAAAACAAUACUAUGAGCCUACGAGGGAUGCAAUAGGCACUUGGAUCGGUGCUCUCUUUGGCCCUCGCUGACUCUCCAGCGAGUGGUGGCCUGGCAACCGGUGAUACUUCGUGAAAAGCGCCAAAUAACCUCGCAUGAGAGAAACAAUUGUGCCACUGUCGAGCAAGGAAAGUCUCGCAGCAAAGUCCGACAGAGGCAGUGCUAUGCACGUUCACAUUCCAUCGGAGUUCUUUCGGUUCGUUUUUUGGCAAUGCGAAGAGAGGUGCAUUCGUUGAAAGAGAGGGGAGAAAAAUCGCUGUUUUGGUUAUGGAGAAGAUUCACAGGGGCACAGAAAGCCCAGUCGCAUUUAGUUCCUGCUUUUGGGACAUUGUGUACUCACACAAAAUCACUCUUUUGCUAUACAGACGUGUUCAGGUUUUAUUCAUGUGUUGUCACGAUCAAAAGGGAGAGCCAAGAAGGUACCUCUGAUUUUAACGUUUUCGAGGAUUCUUAUCUUUUUUUCAUUUCCCUCAUUGUGCAUUCCCACUCGGCGAUACCUAUAUUCGGCGCAAAGGUUGUGGUAGGCAGCUUGCAUAACCUAUUUUUUUCGGAGGUGUAGAAAGAGUGCGAUACUGUGCCAGGGAAGUUCCGUGUGUUCAUAGCUGUGUUCAGUUUUGCCACAAGAGGGUGGAUGUGUUCAUGGCCCAUCAUUGCUCAGAAUGCUACAGUGUAUAGCAUGGUAUAAUGUCAUGCAUGCGAGUUUGCUUCUUUCUGCACCAGUCGCUCCAAUGUGACGGAAAAAAAAAAAUUGCGAACGAAAAUGCAAUACAUUACUCCAGCAGAGAAAGUACACAA